AGGGCGGAAGUCUGUCCGCUGUGAACAGGAAGUGGAGUCAGGGCUACGGUAGCGGCAGCGCUGAGCGAGUUAGCUCGAGCUAAAGCGAUGUUAUUAAAGAAUCUUCACUUAUUUAAGUGAUUUAAUCCGUCACAGGUCAUUACUCAGAGGCUCGCUCACAGCUCGGGAGUGACGCGGUGACGUCAGAAGAGACAGUCUUUAAUUUAGGGCUAUUCACUGUGAAUUACACAUUCCUUUUAACCUCCAAAAAGAGCGUGAUCUGAUGCACUCAUCAUGUUCGGUGCAGUGACUCUGGUCUGACGGCGUUGGUCCUGAGCGAACACAGUCCGCACCGCAGCGGUCAUGUCUCUGCCGGAGGAAGCAGGGGAUCGUGGGAAGGAGAGGGAGCGCGGCGCGCGGCCCAAAGUGCGUCAGAGCCGCUCCGAGGAGAGACGAGACGGAGGGAGGCAGAAGGGCGCCCGGGGGAAGAAGAAGAGCCACCCUUCACACAACCUGACCUCGGAGCGGCCCGUGAGCGACGGCUUCGAGUACGGAGACCUGCUGAACGAUUCCAGCGAAUCCUUGCUCUCCGAACGGGUUUCCGCCGAGGACACGGAGAGCAGGGCGUCCGGAAGCAGCAGGACGCUCCGGCAGAAGAUCCAGGACGCGGUGGGCCAGUGUUUCCCCAUCAAGACCCACAGCCAAGUCCUGUCCCCCUCGCCGUCCUCCAGGCGCAAGAUCCACCUCAGCGAGCUCAUGCUGGACAGCUGUCCGUUCCCCGCCGGCUCGGACCUGGCGCAGAAGUGGUACCUCAUCAAACAGCACACGGCUCCCAUUUCUCAAGCUCCGGUCCCGGACUCCGGAUGCACGCUUGCUGUGGAGGACGAGGAGGACCGCUUGCGAGAGCGACGGAGGAUUAGCAUCGAGCAGGGAGUCGAACCUCCGCCCAACGCUCAGAUCCACACCUUCGAGGUGACGGCGCAAAUCAACCCGCUUUACAAGCUGGGACCCAAGCUAGCUCCGGGGAUGAACGAGCUAGCCGGAGACGAGCGCGCCACGCUGCUGCUCCAGAGAUGCUUGGACACGCUCGACGAAGUCGUCGCAUCGUCGUCUUCAGAUUUUGAUUUGUGCGCCGCAUCUCCGACUCUAGCUCAGCCGGACAGUCCGAAAUCUCUAGACGGACUCCAUCGCAUUCACACGCAGAUCGAUUACAUCCACUGCCUAGUCCCCGAUCUGCUCCGGAUCACAAACCUGCCGUGCUACUGGGGCGUCAUGGACCGCUACCAGGCCGAAACGCUGCUGGAAGGCAAACCCGAAGGCACAUUCCUCCUGCGCGACUCUGCACAGGAAGACUACCUGUUCUCCGUCAGCUUCCGGCGGUACGGACGCUCGCUGCACGCACGCAUAGAGCAGUGGAACCAUAACUUCAGCUUCGACGUGCACGACCCCAGUGUGUUCCACGCGCCCAGCGUCACCGGCCUGCUGGAGCACUACAAAGACCCCAACUCCUGCAUGUUCUUCGAGCCGCUGCUGUCGAACCCCAUCCACCGCACGCAGCCCUUCAGCCUGCAGCGCAUCUGCCGCGCCGUCAUCAGCAGCGCCACCACGUACGACGGCAUCAGCACCCUGCCGCUGCCCAGCGCUCUGAAGGAGCACCUGAAGGAGUACCACUACAAGCAGCGCGUGCGCAUCCGCAGACUGGACACCUGGUGGGAGUGACCAGACGAGACCGGGGUACUGCUGUCAGGCGAUUAAUCGCGAUUAAUCACAUGCAAAGUACUAGUUUUUGCUUACAUAAUAUACAGUCAAACCAAAAAUGAUUCAGACACUAGAUAUUGUUGAUAUUAUUUUACUAGUGGGUUCAGGACACUAUGUAAGUGAGGAUGGCAAAAAUAAAGAAACCUGUGACAUAUUACACCCAAAAAUUCUUCAUACAGUAAAAUAUGGGAUUAAAAAAAUAUUCAGGCAUGUUUUGCUUAAGUGUUUUUCUUUAAAUGCGAACCACAGACUGAACAGAGUGAAGCAUUGCUUUUGAGGUCAGUUGGUUUGAUCUAAUUGCGUUCUUAAAUUUGUCUGAAUAAAUUUUGGUUUGACUGUAUGUGUGUUUGCUAUGUAUAUUUAUUAUGUAUAUAUAUAUAAAAAAACACAUGCAUGUGUAUAUAUUUAAGAAAAAUAAGUUGUUUAUAUAUUUAUAUAUAUAAGAAUAUAAAUGUAUAUACAUGUAAAUAUUUUCAAAAUGUAUUCUGUGUGUGUGUGUAUUUGUAUAUACAUGAUAAAUAUUUUGGAUGUGAUUAAUCGUGGUUGAUCGUUGGACAGCACUAGACCGGACGUGCCACGACGCCUGAUAUGAAGACGUGAGUGCCUUUCUGACGCUCCUCAUUUUGAGGUUUAAACGCUGUUAGCUCGUCGCCACGAUGUUGGCAGUUCGUCACAGGGAGUAAUUAACUGAGUAACACCGAAUCGGCAAGCCUUUCUUAUUUUAGAAUAUCAUUUUUAUCAAGACAAGUGUUGAAUUUGGAGUUACGACCUGUUCACAACAAGAACGAUAACUAUAACGAUCACUUUAACGAUGAUUAUCGUAGACUUUAAAGUUGAUUAUAACUAUAUAAUGUUAACUAUAAAGUUGACUAUAACAUAGACUUUAACAUUGUCUCUAAUGUUGUUUUUAACAAUAUAACCCUAACGUUGACUAAAACAAUAUAGCAUUGACUGUUGAAUGUCCAUUUUUAUAUGAUAUUAGGUAACAUUUUAUACAAACAGUUUAUUAAUGGACAUUUUUAAAAAAGUUUCUCUUGGAAUAAUUUCCAUUAAAUUGAAAAAUUCUAGUUUAUUGUUGCUGUUUCCGUAAUUGUUAUAUUAAGUAUAUAUGUAUGUAUUUUUUUGUAUGUUGAAUGUUUUUAAGAUAAAAUUGUUACAUUAUUGUAAACAAGGAAUUGAAAUGAUAUUUUCAUUAUUAUGAAACUGUUGAUUUUGCCAUAAAUAUAGCCAUUGCUGCUAUAUUCAAGUUUAUUAAUAUAGCACAUUUCAUACACAAUGGUAAUUCAAAGUGCUUUACAUAAAAGGAAUUAUAAUAAUCCUAAAAAUUAUUAUCACAAUAAUAAAACAAGAAAAUUAAAAACUUUUAAAAUAAACUAAAAUUGAUUUAAAAUGAAUGAAAACAGUUAAGAAUAGAAAAAGAUUAUACAUACAAUACAGUGCAAUCACUUCUCACUGUAUUAAUAAAUUAUUAAUAAAUGUAAAAACUAAAACAAAUAAAAAAUAAAUAAUGUUUACUAUAAAAUUGAAUAAAACAAAAUAACGUUGACUGUAGCAAUAACACAUUGACUGUAACAUUGAUUGUAAUGUUGACUAUAACAGUGAUUAUAACAAUAUAACGAUGACUGUAACAGUGAGUAUAACAUUGACUAUAAUGAUAAUUAUACCGAUGACUAUAACGCUGACUGUUACAAUAAUUAUUGACCAAACGUUGACCAUAACGAUAAAUAUUAUGUUAAAGUAUAGUGAUAACUAUAACCAUGAUUGUUGUUAAAUAUAACAACAGCGAUAACUAUAACGCUAACUAUAUUAGUGUCCACACGUUAAUGUUCCAUUAAUUCUAAGCACGUACCGUCUCUUUAAAAUCUCAAGCUCUUUAAAGUCAGUGGAUUCUGAUUGGCUGUAAAUGUUUUUAUCAUUCAUCACCUGAAAAGGAACACAAUUGCUCCUCUGUAUCAUUAUCGGUUUAGUUAUCUGUAUAGGUAUCGGUAUCAUUAUCAGUGUAGUUAUCAUAUCGUUAUCGGUAUAGAUAUCAAUAUCAUUAUCGGUAUCAUUAUUGGUAUAGUUAUGGGUAUAGUUAACGGUAUCGUUAUCGGUAUAGUUAUUGUUCUUUAAUGCAGCAGGUUGGGUUUCUUCUGUACGGAGUGAAACUACUGCGCAGUGUGGAGUUUGAAGAGGCGUAUGGAACAGUUCCUCGCGCCAGUUGAUGUCAGAUCUUGAUCUUUCGUUCAUAACGUCAGUGACUUAUUCCAGACACGUAUCCGCUGCAUGCUAACACCACUGGAGUACAUUACACUGGAGAACUGCUGCUAAUGGAGCAUCUCAGUAUCAUCUCCAUCGACCCUGCACUCCUUUUCACUCCCAGGAGCCCAGUAUGCUCACGAUUCAUGCUCAGAAUGCAUGUCUGCUCGUUUAAUCACAGCACACACGUCACAGACAGAUAUGCUUCUGUCACAUGAUGCUUCAUUCAGGAAUGGAUCAGUGCACCAAAUCUUGAGCCCGUAGACGAGUAGAACAGAGCGAAUGCACAGUACUGCGGCUCUCGACCGAUGAUCUCAUUCUCAUUGACUCAUCACAUCUCGUUUAGUGUAAUAUGAGAGCUUGUGCGUGAUUUGAUUUGGGAAAGACUCUGGAUUCUCUGAACGCCGAGGGCUGGUUUUCUAUCUGGGCGUCAGAGACGUAUUGGAGAAAUGCAUUUCAUGAACCCAUUCAUUCCACUGCAUUGCUUUUGUUUUUAAUGUUCAUUCACUGUAUCGUAUUGUGAUUCCACUCGAGGCAUGUGUUAGUUUCUUAUUUUAUUUAGAAACCAAAUAUCUGAACUACUGAACCCCAUUGAAAACAACUGAGACGAGUGAGUCCAUGAUGUUAGAAACACUUGUAAAACUCUAUGAAAAUGUCAAAGAUGUUCCAGAAACUGCAGCAUUGAAUCUGAACUCAAAGCGGCCAAACGUCAUGUGUUUGGAGACUAAACGAAAUCAGACGUCCGCUGCAGUGUGAUUAAAUAUUUCUAACAUUAACCUGCUGCCUCUGUUGGGAUCGUUUGUACGUGGCGCCUUGCUGGUCAAGUCUGGAUCGAUGUGAAGCACAGUGAGUGUGUUUUGUUUUGUGUGAUCUCCAGAGGACUAUCAUGAAUGUCACAAACUUCUGUUCUUAAAGCAGCUUGCCUUGUUUUUCUUUUUUACACUGAAAUUUAUUUUCUAUAUUAAGGCUUGCCUAAUAUGCUUAGCAUUUUUUUUUCACAUGUGUUUCUCAUAUAUAGAUUAAAGCCAAGUGUGAAUAAUUUUAUUGCUGUGUACGGUGUAACAAAAGCACAUAUUAAUAAACUAUGUUGGAUCUUUAA